UUAAAGACAACAGAUGAACAUAGACGCAUUAAUCAACGCUCAAACGCUUCCCGUCGUGUACUACGUCGUCACGCCAGCGGAGGGCGUCAUCUCAGCCAGCUGUGCGGCUCCCCGCCCCACCUCCUCCCUCAGGAGUCAAACCAUCCUGCGGGAGAAGCGGACGGACGCUCACAUCGAGUCGCCGCCGUGUCGGGGAAGGACGACGUGAUGCGGCCCUUCUUAACGCUGCUGCUGCUCGGCCUGCUGCGACCCUGCGGGGCCGAAACUCCACUCACACAGCGGUGUGAAUUGACAGACGGCACCAUUUACAACUACCAUGCAAAGACUCUAAACGAGAGUUACACUGUGAACUUCAGUGACCUCAAGGGCAGGAGUGUCCUCUUCAUCAACGUGGCCACGUACUGAGGUUACACCUUCCAGUACGCGGAACUGAAUGCACUACACGAGCAGAUGAAGCCACUGGGCCUAACUAUUCUGGGCUUUCCCUGCAACCAGUUUGGGAAGCAAGAACCGGGGCAACCCCACGAAAUUCUGCCCGGUCUAAAGCAUGUCCGACCAGGCAAUGGAUUUGUUCCAAACUUCCCGCUGUUUGAGAAAGGAGAUGUGAAUGGAAAAGACGAGCAAGAGGUUUUCACUUUCCUUAAGAGCUCCUGCCCUCCAGUCGGAGACCUCCUCGGAGACCCCGCGAGAUUGUUCUGGGGGCCCAUCAAACUCAGCGACAUCAAGUGGAACUUUGAAAAGUUCCUGGUGGGUCCGGACGGGAAGCCGGUGAUGAGGUGGCACCCGAGCGUCAGCGUCUCUGAGGUCAAAGCGGACAUCCACAAACAUCUGAUCCAGCUGUACACGCAGCAGUUGUGAUUCAUCACACUGUAUUUUUCCCAUUUAACAGGAGUAUCAGUAAUGAGAUUGUGAUGUAAAACAGUCGGGAGUAAUGUUAACGGAUCGUGACACAUGAAGAUGGCAUGUUGAAUGAAGAAGAGGCUUGAAAACAGGAACUCUGUGGUGCCUCUUCGGAGUCUGGGGGGUUCAGGGCAGCUCUUCAGUGCAUUCGAGCCGUCCUGCGAUCCCACAGCUUCAUGUCAUCUUCUCAGCCCAGGACCUGUUAGCCAUUGCACCCUAAAUGUUAAUUACCUGUAAUAAAUCAUGGAGAACAUACAAAUGUGA